AAUUUAAUGGAAAACUUUAAUCCGACCCAAAUCGCACCUGUAAUCUUCGAGGGUGAGGGACCACACCACUUCCGCCGCCUUUAACGGUCACCGUCUCCUCUUCCUCUUCGCUCUCCGUCCAUGGCGACCACCCACCCCUACAAAACCCUAACGAGCUCCGAGAUCCAACCCCCACUUCUCCGCCAUUGUCGCCCUAACCCUUCGAAGCCAUCGCGGCACCGAGCCCCAACUCUAAGUUUCGGAAAUGGAGGGGAGAGGUCGAGGAAGGUCGAGAGGGUUCGAGGAGGCGGCGUCGUUGCUCGAAUCGCGCCAUAUACGAGGUUUGCAGUAGUCACUGGAGCGAACAAAGGGAUCGGCCUUGAGGUCGCACGCCAGCUCGCCCUCGAAGGUGUCGCUGUCGUCCUAACUGCGAGAGACAAGAAGAGGGGAAGCGAGGCUGUAGAUUCCCUUUGCCACGAGUCCGAUCUCUCCAACAUUGUUUUCCACCAGCUCGAUGUUCGUGAUCCCUCUAGUGUCAAUUCCUUAGCCAAUUUCAUACGAAGUGAAUUCGGAAAGCUUGAUAUUUUGAUCAACAACGCAGCCGUUGUGGGAGUAUCAGUUGAUAUUGAGGGUCUUAGAGCUCUUAACAUUGAUGCACAUACUUGGACAUCUGGAAAGGCGACGAAUUUGAUUCAAGGUGUGAUCCACCAGACGUAUGACGAAGCAGUGACGUGUCUUGACACCAACUACUACGGAUGCAAACGAGUCACAGAAGCGCUUCUCCCUCUUCUAAAGCUCUCGACCUCAGGAGCAAGGAUAGUUAACGCCUCUUCUCUCGCAUCCGAGCUCAAGAGGAUGCCGAACGACGAAAUCAGGAACCUGCUAACCGACGUUGACAACUUAGACGAAGAGAAAAUAGAACACCUCCUGAGUACAUUCUUGGAGGACCUCAAGAAUGGAGGGCUUGAGGCGGCCGGGUGGCCUAUGAUGUUGCCGGCGUACAGUGUUUCUAAGAUGGUGCUCAAUGUCUACACCAGGAUUCUCGCAAAGAGGCACCCGGAGAUGCGCAUAAAUUGUGUUCGGCCCGGCUUUGUUAAGAGUGACAUAAACUGGAAUAUGGGGAUCAUCAGUGCCGAAGAAGGUGCGAAAGGUCCUGUGAUGUUGGCUUUGUUACCUGAUGAUGGCCCUACCGGGUGCUACUUUGAUCAGACUAAUUUGACACGAGUUUGGUAGACUUAGGUUUUGUCCGGAAUUACAACGAGAUUACGGUAUAUGCAGUGAGAAAGUAUGAUAUACGUAAUAUCGCGUUCCGUAUUUCGCAACAAGUCGAUUACGAUUCCACCCAAAAGCAAAAAAAUAUACUUCUACAUGUUUUUGCUUGAACUCCAUUUUGCCAGCUAACAUUAACAGUCUCAAAUACCAAACGGGAUCUUAAUAAAUUUGAACAUCUAUUUUACAGGAAAAUUAAUAUUCAUGUUUGCUUGGAUUGUCCGAUAAGAA